AUGUCUCCAAUAAAGCUACCAGACGACCUGGAGCUCCAAGCCCUGACCAGAUUUGAUACUCUGGUUUCACAAGGGAACUUAUUCUAUGAGGAAACACAGGGCGAGAUAGCCGAAGAUAAGGGGUUCAAGUUCGAAUUCCGCAUAAGUCAGGCCUUAUCAAAGAAACCUAUCCUGACCCAUGAUGCACCUGAACGCCGUGGCGUUGGAGGGCCGUUCCUCCACCCUGAUCCGGCCUUCGUGGUCAGCCACGUUGGACACCGGCAUAUCCUCGAGCUCAACAUGCAUUGCAUCCAUCGACCAAUGUACAUUUUGCAUACUCGCGAGUUCGUGUCACAAGAUGAUGACCUCGACCUUGAUGACUUAAGCGCAGUCCAUGCUGUGAUGGCGAACCUCGGACGCAAGGUGCCGCAAAUGGCCAUCUACAACUGCGGCGCAGAGGCGGGGGCUUCUCAAGGUCACAAGCAUUUGCAAAUAUUUGCGUCUCCUUCGCCCUUUCCUUUGUUUCCAGAACAGGUCCAAUCCACCCAAGGUCACAUUUCGUGCUCCGACUUCCCGAGCGUUGCCAAGCGCGUUACAUCUUCCAAUGCUAUGCUCAGCUGUUGUCUGUAA